AUGUCAGGACCUGAGUCAGCCAAGAGGGUGAAAAAAGAAUGCAGCUACGGAGAGAAAUGUUUCAGAUUAAAUCCUAUACACUUCAGGGAGUACAGCCACAGACACUUGGAAUCCAUAUUAGACGCAUAUUCAGGGAGUGGUGAAUAUUGUAUACCGGAUAACUUGUGUCACCAGCAGCAUAUGAUAAAGGAACAGCUGGAAGUUAUUGUGGAGAAGAAGUUGUAUGAACCUGUCAAAGAGGGUAGUAGUACGAGCACAUCAACAAAUGCAGAGCAAAAUAGAACACAAAGUACCAGGAUAACAGCAAAUGAAAGUAGUAUGCAGCAGUCGAAAACUAAUGUAAGAAAUAAUGAAGAAGUUGCCAAGAGUAAACAUGAGAAAUUGUCUAAAGUAGAUGAUAAUCAAGUAAACCGUAAUAAUAUUAAAGGAAAUAGCAGAUCUACCGAUAAAACGGAGGCGAAAUCAUCAAAUAAAAAAGGCACAGAUUAUCGGCCGGUAGUCGAACCUACGCGCCGUGCUGAGAAUUUCCUCAAAGUGGUAUUACCGCGUGGUAACAUGGCUGCGAAGCAUGCGGUCAGUGCGCCUUACCACAUAUUUUAUACCACCAUAUCUGAUGCCAAGGAAACGCACCACCAGCCGUACUCCAUCACGUUUUUAGAAAUCCUAGACCGCAGUCUCGGCGAGCUGAAGUGCUCGCUUCAGAUAAAUUUCAUGGUGGAGCUGGGCUGGCUUCUGGCGCAGUACUAUUUCGCCGGCUACAGCGAGAAGCGGCUCACCAUACUCUAUGGUGAGGACGGACCUGAACUGAGGACCAUAAACCAGAAGAAGCCUCAUGUGGACGCACACCGCGUCAAUAUGGGCUCGCCUUUUGGGAAGCAUCAUACCAAGAUGAUGUUGCUAUGUUACGAAGAUGGUUCUCUGCGUGUGGUGAUCUCUACAGCGAAUCUUUACAUUGAUGACUGGGAGAACAGAACGCAGGGGCUGUGGUUCAGCCCAAAUUGUCCUGAACUGCCGCCGGAAGCGAUGCCAUUCGAAGGCGAGUCGCCGACCGGCUUCAAGAAGUCGUUACUACGUUAUCUAAACCACUACCAGAUGCCGCAGCUCGCGUACUAUCUGGAGAGGGUGAAGAGAUGCGAUUUCAGUCAUAUUAAUGUAUUCCUAGUGGCGUCAGCGCCAGGGUCACACUUCGAUAUGGAUUGGGGCAUGACCCGAGUGGGGUCACUGUUACGGCAGCACUGCUGUAUACCUCCCUCGGAGAACUCCAAGUGGCCACUGGUGGCGCAGGCCAGCAGCAUCGGCAGUUACGGGAACGACCCGAAGCUUUGGCUGACCGGGGACUUUCUGCAUCACUUCACGAAGAUAAAGAACCACCCCCAGAUGCUGUCGGCGCCGGCUGAAUUGAAGCUCGUAUACCCAUCGUUAGAAAACGUCCAGAAAUCCUUAGACGGUCUACUGGGGGGCGGAUGCCUGCCGUAUGCAGCUGCCGCCCACAGCAAGCAGACCUGGCUGACUAGCUUUCUAUAUCAAUGGCGAGCCACGUGCAGCCACCGAGACCGAGCUAUGCCCCAUAUAAAGUCAUAUACUCGCACCUCUUUGGAUAACAAAAUGGCUGCCUACUAUCUACUAACAUCAGGGAAUAUCAGUAAGGCGGCGUGGGGCUCGAUUAACAAAGGGAACUCGGCUUUAAGAAUAAUGAGCUAUGAGGCUGGAGUGUUGUUCCUCCCGAAAUUUGUGAUAAAUGAAGAUCUGUUCCCCUUGUCUCCCGGAGCCAAGAAUCGUCUGAUCAUUCCAUACGACAUACCCCCGACCAAGUAUUCCAGUGACAUGUCACCAUGGGUUUUCGAUUACUUGUCAUGAGCUCCUACAACUUAUGUGAUCUUGGUACCUAUUGUUUAAAUAAAUCAUGAUUUUUUUGUAAUAAAUUUUUUAUGUUGAUAAUGGCCUCGAUG